AAUGCGUAGACGAUGUGGAGCGGGGUAGCAAACCAUCCCACCCACCUCCCACCUCCAUGGCGACGUUACAUGGAGACCACAUCUCGAUGCCACGCCCUCCAUCAAAACGCUUACUGAUAAAGGCAGCGCAUCUGAUGUCGCAUCCCACCAGAGCUGUCGCCCAUCCUCACUACCCAGACUGAACACCUAGCAACCUUCCACAAUGGCAACCUCCACCGAGACCGUAACCGCAACCGCACCUCCCACGACCACCACCGAGCCCGAUGCGAACGACACAGUAACGCACGCAUCGAAUCCCUACGCCGCCGCCCGCGCCGCCCUCGACCGCGACGGCUUCGUCGUCCUCCCCGCCUCCCUCUUCCCCACCUUCGACCUCCCCACCCUGCGCUCCGCCGCCAGCGACCUAACCGCCUCCGCCCGCGCCGGCACAUGGCCCUACAUCCGCACCCUGCCGAAGCAGUUCCCACCGUGGCCCUCGACCCCCGGCGAGCACGGCAUCUGGGGCGUCCAGCACCUCAUGCACCCGGCGAACCCAUCGCACGCCGUCUUCGCGCGGUCCUACUUCGAUGGCGAGCUGCUGAAAUAUGUGGCGGCCUUGAUUGGGUGUGAACAGGGGCAGCUGACGAUGGAACUGUAUAACAUGCUUGUGCGGCCCGAGGAAAAGUUUGAACUACGGUGGCAUAGGGAUGACAUUCCCGCGUCUGCGAGCGACGAGGACGAGGUCGAGAGGCUGGGGAAGCCGGGGUUCCAUGCGCAGUGGAAUCUCGCGCUGUACGACGACGCGAGUCUGGUCGUCGUGCCUGGGAGCCACAAGCGCGCGCGAACGGCUGCCGAGCGCGCAGCCGCCCCGUACGAACCGCAUAUUCCCGGGCAGCUUGUCGUGCAGCUAAAAGCGGGCGAGGUCGUGUUCUACAACAACAACAUUCUACACCGCGGAGUGUACGAUCCGAGUAAGGAGCGGAUGACGCUGCACGGGAGCAUUGGGACGACGCUGGGUAGUGCGGAGCGGGCGAGGAAUGUGCUGCAGCAUGGGGUUGGGGACUGGGCGAAGGAGUAUGAUUUCGAGGACUUUGAGUCGGAGAUGAGGGAGAGGGCGCUCAAAAUGAGGGCGGCGUUGGUCGAGAUGGGGAAGAAGAGCGGCGAGGUGGGCUUCUAUUCUAAAGACGAGUAGGAGGCUUGGGGGACAGGUGAGUGUAUACAGGAACGUUUGAUUGUUGUCUAGGGGGUAUAUAGCGGAAGUAUGAA